GCUGUUAGCUGCGCGCUGCAGACAUCAUUAUCGGAGGGAGACGCUUUCCACCGUCGGCGCCGGAGCAGAGCAGGGGAGCCCUGGCAACAAGGAGACACACAAACUCAGCAGCCCGCUACACCGCUCAGGUAUGCUGACACACAAACGCAGACAGACAGGGCAGGCACCUGGGACCUCCCAUUGGUAGAAACAUCUAGUCAUCUCCUCAGGCUUUUGUCAACACUCAACUGAGGCUCCUCCCACUCCACCAAGAUCCUCCGCCCUCUCUGCUCAGGGAGUUCCUGACUCAUCACUGCACAGCUUUCUGGGAAACUCCGGUCCCCCUCUCCAUGGGCUGCACCUCCUGCUGACUGACCAGGGCUGACAAGGGGGAGCUGGUAAAUGAGGAUUUCUCCGUGUGUGGGCAGACUUCCUGUUGGAAAUGAUUCCUCAUGAAGAGCGGCGCACUCGGCCCGUCGCUAAGGGCGACAGCAGCAGGUGUGACGUCGUGAUGCUCUCCCUCCACAACACUCAGACCACACCCAACAAUCGCUAAGGAACACCCAACAACCAACCCAGACCAGCCUCUCCCUCUAUCACUAACGGCCCUCCAUCUAAGUCUGUCACUGCUUUCUUUGGUGUAACAGAUCUAAUACAGACGCAGGAUAGAAUAAUUAAGACAAGACUAUUGAAAGAAAUUGAACCCGGCUUUUGUGUGGAGCUGACAUCAAUAUGAAGUCCAACCAGGAACGAAGUAAAGAAUGUUUGCCCCCAAAGAAGAGGGAGAUUCCUUCUAGCACAAUACCAUCAGAACGGCACUCUUCUCCCACUAUGGCGCCCCCUAGUGAUGUUCCCCGCUCCGAGAACCUGUCAUGGCUUAUGGGUGGCAAUAGUGAAGGGGUGAACCGUAGCACCUCUCAGUCGGAAUACAAGCCCCUCACCUCCACUACAGACUCUUUCCCCUCCUCUUCCUCAGUCAGGCCAGUCUCAUCACUCCCCACACUGUACACAUCUCCCCAAAGCACCGCUGGAGGGACAGUCCACUACACACAGCUGCCUCCAAACCUACAGUUCAUCGCCUCCCCAUACACCACGUCGUACCCGGGCUAUAUCCCCUCUCAGAUAUUCCCCCCUCCUCCGCCCCCGCCUCAGAGACUCCCCCACACAGAGAGACCCCCUCACUCAGAGAGACCCCCUCACACACACACAGAGACAAGUCACAACAAACCAGAGCGCUCCUCCAGCCGCACCUCCAUGCCCCCACCCUCCACAGACUCUGUUGCGCCACAUCACUUACAUCACCGAACAGCUCCUUCUGCACACCACCAUGCGCCACAUUCACUGCACUCCCAGCAUGCACUUGGGCAUGGCAUGUCUCAAGUUUUGCUGCAGUAUGCAGACGGGCCUCCACGAAAAGAUGAAGGGGGUUCAAGAACUCGAGAGCUUCAUAAUGGAGAGCUGGAACGAGGGCGACGGUUUGAGUCAAAGUCUGGACACAAGUUGCGGGACUCGUAUGAAGCCCGUUCACGUGUUUUGUCAUCAGACUACACUACCCAUGAUCCCUCAGGGCUCAGAAUAUCUAGCGUGCUUAUGCCCAAUAGCCACAGUGACCAUCAUUUGCCCAGAGUUAGCCCUGAUAAGCAUUCAUCAUCACAUGUGGAAAGAGGUAGCAUUGUUUCAGGCAAACCAAUCAGGACCCCUUCAUCGUCCAGCAGCACGUCCACGUUUACGUUCCCAGCCCCUCCCCCUCCCAGUGUGGACAGUCCGAAGCCCCCACAGACUGUGAUCCAGACCACACACAGCUCCACAGAACCACUGUCGCUGGGCCUGCCCUUCCCUCAGCAGCCAAUCAUCGGGUACAUUGCGGGGACUCAGCACUGCCUCCCUCAACACUUGCUCAUUCCUGGUGCCCAGCCUGUCAUCAUCCCUGUGAGCGGGGCAGUCACUUCUCUGGACACAUCCCAGGUUGCCUCGUCCACCCAGGCUGCACCCUUCCCCGCCAAGACAGACCCUCUGGGCUCACCCGCUGGUUUAUAUCAGGCUUCUGCUGGGGCUGUGGUCCAGGGACAACUUCAUCUCCCCAUCAUCCCUGCCUCUCCAGGACUGGUCUCUUCCUCUGACCCUCCUGCCUCUGCCUCUAACACCUCUCUGCCCCACGUGCUGCCUCCGUAUUUCAUCAAGGGCUCCAUCAUCCAGCUGGCGGACGGCGAGCUGAAGCGUGUCGAGGACCUGAAGACGGAGGACUUCAUCCAGAGUGCAGAGAUCAGCAGCGAACUCAAGAUCGACUCCUCCACUGUGGAGCGUAUCGAGGGCAGCCGCACCUCCCCCAACCUCGCUGUGGUGCAGUUUGCUGUGGGUGAGCACCGGACGCAGGUGAAUGUGGAAGUCCUGGCCGAAUACCCCUUCUUUGUCUUUGGCCAGGGCUGGUCUUCUUGUUGCCCCGAUCGGACGACUCAGCUCCUGGAAUUGCCUUGCACUAAACUAUCUGUGGGCGACGUCUGUAUCUCUCUCACCUUAAAAAACGUGAGGAACGGCUCUUUAAAGAAACCUAUAGAACUCACCACCCUGCCUCUCAAACCCCCCAACCACCGCUCAGGCCAGAAGGAAAAUGGAAUUAACCAGAGAGGAAGCAGUGGGAAUGUCGAAAACGGAGAGGUCCCAUUUGGAGAGAAACAAGGCCAAGGCGAGGAGGGUUCCAGGAGGCAGUCCGGUAGCAGGAAGAGGAGGUGGUCCGCUCCGGAGGGUCGCACAGUGGAGCGGUCAGAGGAGGAGCCCCCUGUUACUCUGCCCAAACCCAACUUCAUUCCUCACCAAGUCAAAGUCAGCAUUGAAGGGAGGUCCAACAUUGGCAAGUGAGAAGCGCUCUGCAGCAAGGAGACUUUUAAAGGAAAAAAUGUCCACUUCAUGUUUAGGUUUUUUACAUUUUCUGACAUCCAGUGAGCAGCAAGACAAUUUGUUUAGAAGAUUUCUAUAUAAAAAGCAGUGGGUGGAAUUCUUACAAGUAUUGGUUACUUGGUAGCGUGUGGUGCACUGGGGCAACUCUCAGAAGUCUUCAGUUUAAUUACAUUAGACAUCAUGGCUAUUUCUCAAAUGGCAUCACAUCUUUUCCAGUUGAAUUUUCCAGUACAAAUCAUGUGUCUCCUUGUGUGCUAUGAUUUGUAUAUUGAAUUGGCUUAUUUACACCAAAUGCCCUUCCUGACUCUACCCUCUAUAUUUUUCUGGCCAUGAUGGUAAUACAUGCACAUGUUUGUACCACGGUCAGUAUGCCCCAGUGUGCCACACAAAAGACUGUUAAUAAUGUUAUUCACUCUAUCCUUACCAUAGUUCUUAAAAUGAUUGUCAGUACUAUAAAUUCAGGGGUCUUUAUAGUUCUAGAUUGAACCUAGGAGUUAUCUAAACUGAAUACUCACAACACACUGGGAUGGCACGCACCACUGUCAUCAUAACCAAUGUUACUACAAUGUAUUUUUUUAUCAAAAUGGCUGCAAGGGAAAUCAAGACAGAAACUACUUGCCUAUCAUGGUCACCGCGCAGUCCACACCUUAUUAAUGUCUUUAUUCACACAGUACUGUAUGUUUUUAGAUUUUUUCCUUUGUUGUGCGUAAGGGUGGAAAGUAGCAACAGCACUUUGGAAAGUCUUUGGAAAAAAUUGAAGGCUCAUUUUUGGUGAAUGUGGGAAAAUGUGUGAGCAGAAGUGCCAAGGGAUCACAAAGAAAGGGAUUCGGAAAGAGGAAAAUCCCAUUUAGUCGACUGUUAUUGACAAAGUGAUGAUGGCUUUAAGAAUGUUUGAAGAGAGGAAACUCAUAUUGGAAUGUGAUUAAAGAGUUUGGUAACUGAUAUGAGUGUAUAAUACUAUAAUGAUACCCGAAUGAUAGAAUAAGAUGUUUAGGCCACUAGAACUGAAGGGCGGCUUGAUGUAGUUGUGCCUGUUGGUGUCUGUCUAUACACAGUGUAACCACAGAUACACCAUCCAAUAAUAGCAUAAAAGACACUAGCAGACUGACAAUGCUAACAUAAGGCACUAACAGGAAGUGCUAAAAAGACAUCGUCCUCUCUGUAGUGCAUCUGUCUGUGUGGCUGGGAGUGUGUACUUUUAAAAGACUAUAAACAUUUAAUUCUAAAUGUCCAGUGUUUCUAUGUAGAGUCUUUUACUUAAGAGAAUCAUGCAAUUUGCACAUUGUCGGGAGGAUGGAGUUCAGUAGUAACUUUUUUUUUAAUGGCCCUGUCCUGAAUGGAGGCCUAGACCAGUGAUACAUUGGACAAAGAAAGCAGAUUUUGUUUGUAUAAUAUGUAAGGGGGAUUACUAAGUAAAAUGUUAUAACAAUCUGACUUUGAAAGCAAAAUCUGUGUUUGAGGGUAGGGUCCAGUUUAGGACAGGAGCCACUUGUGCUUUUGGCCAACUAAACCCUGAUUUGCUAAGAUGUAGCAGUUACCUCAUCAGGCUUGUAGGUUUGGUUUUGCACAAGACUAGGUCAGAGGUUUAUCUUAAAUGAAAGGUGAGCUUUUAUUUGGAGCCUCUUUGGAGUGAAAGAGAUGAUGUAACCUAAGGUGUUUUUCCCCCAGAAUGCAGUGUGAGUUGGAAGUUUUGUCUAAUACUGCCUUCAAAUGUAAGUCAUAGGAAAUAGUGGUAACAGUGGUGAGUGAUUGGCUUCUCAGUGACCUUAGUUUGCAACAGUAAUUACAAAGCAAAUUAGAAUCAGAAUAACAUGUUUUCUUCACAAAGCAAUGCAACUGAAAAGCCAUAUUUGAAACCACAAUCUCUCCCCUGUCUCAUAAAAAAUAAUAAAAACAUACAGUGCACAAAAAAUCAAUUUUAAGGCUCAUGCAUAAUUGAUUGAAAUAGAAAUAUUUUUGAUAGAAAUGGUCAGGGAUACAGUGAGUGACAGUAUGUUGUUCAGUGCCAAGUGCAUCUGGUGUGGUAUAAGAUUUACAACAGGUUGUUGCAUGAAGCUGGAGAUGACAAUAACAGAGCCGUGAGUGGUUGAGUUUUUUUCAUGUUGGAGGUUUGCUUUUAGAAAUGGGAAAUUUUGCACCCUAUACCAGAUGAGUGAGUCUGUUUAGAGUCAUCGAUUUUGCUUUAUUUUUGUAAUGCAACAGGGUUUUGUGUCACCGCAUUUUUAUAUCUUUUUUUCUUGUCCCGUUGAGCAGUAAGUAAAUUAGUGUAUGUUGUCCACUCGGUUGUCCACCUUUGUGUCUCCCCACCUCACUAACAGGAAAAAAACAUUUAGAAACAAAACUCUCCAACCAUUUUAUCAUCAAAUUCAAAAUAGUUUAAGAACUAGCCAAAGCAAUAUUUUCAUAAUAUUCAGGCACAUUCCACUCAAGUUAUCUGCAAUAAACAUUGAACAAUAAUCUCCUUUUGCAAGAUAACCAAAAUCUCCCCAGAAAACAUAUAUGAGCUUGCAUCAUAAAUCAUUUGAGAAUUGCAGUAGUAGUAGUGGUAGUAGUAGUAUUUCAGGGAGUCAUAUAUAUGCAGUAACUACAAUCACACAACCCGCUGAACUCCGUGUGUCGCUAAAGUGUGCCUCUGCGUAGUAACCUCGUCAAUCUUUAAGUUUUUUUCUUCAGGUACCCGCGCGUAUAGCCAGCCUCGAGAAAACACCUUCUGCUAAAGGCCAAGCAAUCAAUGAAACCCUCAAAAGACAACCGUUAGCUACCUGACUGACUUUUCUGUCCAUCCCCACCACUCACCUACCACACCCUCAAUAAGAAACUAUACAAGCAAUCAGCUGGAGGAAGCGAAGGAGCGUAGACAGUUAAAAUAGUUGUCUACAGCAUUGUUUUAGCUCCAAUUGGUCACCACCCCAAAAAAUGUCAUCCUGUACGUAAAAACAAACCAAUUAUCGAAAGAAGAGUAAGUUUUGCUAUCUGAAAAUGUCUAUACUUUGAAAAAAAUACAUGUCCACUCUGUAAAUUAUUAGCACUCAGAACUAGCCAUUUAUACUGUCAAAAUUUGCUCUCAAAAAUAGUGUAGCCUCUGUGUCCUCUAUUUUAACUGUCUAUGGGAAUACACCUGUUAGAUUUUUAAGUUAUUUUAUUUUUAGAUAUGUCCCUACCACUCUUUACCCAAAAAUGUUCGAGACAAUGUGCAAUAUUAUCAUUUUUGUCCCCCUCCUCUUGCCGUGCCAAGUGUAUGUAGCAGACUCCAGUGUCUAAUCCCUGAAAUGGCUUGUCCGGAGUCGUCAUGUGAUGUGUCUACCACCUUGCCCCCUUUCCACCUCCCAGCCCCUUAUCCCCUUUACCCCCCCUCACCCUCCCCUUAUGUCUGUGUGUGUGCAUCAACCUAACUAUGUAUGAUUGUGAUUCAUAGUGCGUGAUUUCUUCUAUAAUCAUCUGUGUGCUCAAAACCGUGACCCUCAAAAGGUUGAAGGUGUUGCACACAGAAAAAAAUAACCUCAUUGCUUGUGGGGACCACUUUUUAUAAAAAAGUAAAAAUAUGUAAAAACACAAAAAAAUAUAUAUCAAUAAACCAACAGAGAUGCACAUGUAAGUAGUUGUAAAAGACUUGAUAAUUUCAGCACUUUCUAAAAAUCCUAGGGCGGGCUUUGGUGUCUCUGACUGAUACCCUGCCUAGGGGUAACAUUCAUUCAAAAACAGACAGAGAAUGAAAAAAAGGGGGUGAUUAUGGAGAGGGAUGUUUCAGUUGUAACGUUUUGCACAUCACCUGCCCUGUAACCGUGUGUUUCUCUGUCUGAGCUCCAUCUCACUUGGCGCGUUCUUGGGUCCAACGGGCCAAGGUGUUGGGUGGUUCCUUGGUUCUUUUUUAGGAAUUUCUCAUGGAAUGCAUCCCUAUUCUUUAGUCAGGUUUGUGGGAUAUUUACUCCACCUAUAGCACGAAAUCAUGCUGUGCCGCUAUAUACAAUCUGGUUCACCUUUGAAAUUUGGAGUGAAUUGGCACAGUUUGGCUUUGCAGUAUAAUAUCGGUGCACACGCAAACCUCCUUCUAUGUUUGCAUUACUUUUUGGUGCAGAAGCUUUCUAUCUGGUUUUUAGUCUCCUUGUAGCACUCAUUAUAAUGUCAGGGGACUGAAAACUAUGUCGAAUGUGUCAUUGUUGAGUUAUAGACAAGCUUCCUCACUGUAGGAAACACUGCUAAUGUUCUUUUAUAAAAUUGGCUUCUUGCACAAACUUGACAAAUAAAUGAAUGUGGCGUGUGAGCUUGUGACUUUUUGAAUCCGAAAAAAGCAUGUGUGCUCUUGAUGUUUGUACUUUACUUUUUGCAAAAAGGAUGUGUUCUUUUGGCACUUUGUUGUUUUAAAAGUGAACAGAAUUUGAUCAGGAUUCCUUUUUUUCUUUCUUUGUUUUUCUUGUUAAAUGUCCAUAGCGCUGGAUAACCAACUCAGGCAGAAAGAAGAACUUGUAGAGGCUCACUUAACUAUUUAGUGUCACCCCAAUCAAUUUACAUGGUGGGCUGUUUGAUAUGGGUUAUAAGAUAUGUAAAUUUCUUACAUAUAAUUUGAUAUGAUUAACUAAUGACAUUAUUGACAAUAACUAUAAAUUAUUAUUAUAAUACUCUCUGUAUUAUGCUGGAGAAGGCUUGGAUCGCUCUUCAGUGAACUUUAAACUUUGGGCCUGCCACUCUGCAAGGCGAAAAAAAUACUUCAGCGGAGGACAGCCAUUGUGACCUUUGACCCCGCCCACUGCCACAGAAUGGGUGGGAUUUAUGUUUCGGAUGCGCUCACAUGGAUGGGUUCCUUGUUGUGAACACUCAGCUCCGAAGGCUGUGCUGCGGACUUGUUCUUCUGCUCACCUGCGACACUGGACUGGACUGAGCGACACGGGAGCAGAGACAGUGUGGCCAGCAGGAGGCGCUCACAGCAGCUCCUAGCCAAUGUGUUUGUACUAUAUUGUACUCACCAAGUCCCUGUGUCUCACCACCCCUUUGCUUUAGAGCAUUGGAGAAUCCCUGUUGGUGUAUGUAUUUGACAUCUGUACAAAUGCACCUCUUUGAAAACAAAAUGAAACCUUGACAUAUCUGGAGUAAA